UUUCUUGUAAUCUCCAUUGGACCUUGUUAUCCUUUUUGUUUUGGACUUCGAAAAAAUCAAUUUUUGUGUUUGUGAGUUUAUUGGGUUUUUCUUAAAAUUUUCCUUACUCCUACCUGUGUCUACUGUGUCUCUGGGUUUUGGUUUUUGGAGUUCUCCAUUAAUAUGCGACUCUGUUAUUGUUUCUUACACGUCUACACUUGGUUGAACAUUUGAACUUAAAGAGGAGUGGGAGGGAGAAAGAAAAUUUCUGUGUUGUGCUUGCUGUUCAAUAAUUUAGCGGAGAGAGUGUGAAAGCCUCUGGUUCUGAACCUUUCGUGGUCUUCGGGUAUUUUGUCUCAUAGUACAGAUUUCCUUCAACCAGUGAGAGAAAGGGAAAGUUGUGUAUUUGGUGAAGGUUAUUUAGUUGGGUUGAGGUUUUCUUCGGCAUAUCAGUAUUAGCCACCAUGCCCAUGAGACAGAUACAGAGCUCAGAGCAGCACAUUGUGAUCAAACCCCAAAUACAGAGCACCAUGAAUCCAGUGAAGAAAGCUCCCAAAACUGCACAGAAUGGAAAGGGUCCACCUCGUGAGGAAUCCCUGAAUGCUACACUAAACAACGACACUUCACCUCCUUCGAGGAACAGAGGUAAGAGGAGAGGAAGAGGAGGUCGAAAAUCCUAUCAGGGUGAUAUUGUUAUGCGAUCGACUCCAAGAAGAUCCUACACUGUCGUUCAUGAGCCUGUUCCAGGAUGCGCAGACGGAAGAACUCGAUUAUCAGAAAUUGAAGGCGAGUCUUUGGAGAAUGGAGGUCAUGGCUCUGAGAUGGAGUUGGGUUUUCCAUCUUCAAGCAAAUCUCUGAGAUAUGCCCCUAGGCCUGGUUAUGGACAAGUAGGGACAAAGUGUAUGGUAAAAGCCAACCAUUUUUUUGCAGAGUUGCCAGACAAGGACUUGAACCAAUAUGAUGUUACCAUAACUCCUGAAGUUGUAUCAAGAAAUUUGAACAGAGCUAUCAUGGCAGAGCUUGUGAAAUUGUACAAAGGUUCUGACCUGGGAAUGAGAUUGCCCGCUUAUGAUGGAAGAAAGAGCUUAUACACAGCUGGGGAGCUUCCGUUUACUUCGAAGGAGUUCCACAUUAAACUUCUGGAAGAAGAUGAUGGAAUCAGUGGUCCUAAAAGGGAAAGAGAAUAUAAGGUGGUGAUCAAGUUUGUUGCUCGAGCAGACUUGCACCACUUGGGCCAAUUUCUUGCCGGUAAACGAGCAGAUGCUCCUCAGGAAGCUCUUCAGAUUCUUGACAUUGUAAUGAGAGAACUCUCCUCCAAAAGGUAUUGUCCUGUUGGGAGAUCUUUCUUUUCCCCUGAUAUAAGAACGCCACAGAGGCUUGGAGAAGGUGUGGAGUCAUGGUGUGGAUUCUACCAGAGUAUAAGGCCUACCCAGAUGGGCCUAAGCCUGAAUAUUGACAUGUCUUCAGCCGCAUUUAUUGAGCCUCUCCCGGUAAUUGAGUUUGUCGCUCAGCUUCUUGGCAAGGAUGUAUUGUCCAGGACAUUGUCUGAUUCUGAUCGUGUCAAGAUUAAAAAGGCCCUUAGAGGAGUGAAAGUGGAGGUCACACAUAGAGGAAAUGUGCGGAGGAAAUAUCGUGUUUCAGGAUUAACAUCACAACCCACAAGAGAACUUGUGUUUCCUGUUGAUGAAAAAUGUACAAUGAAGUCCGUUGUGGAGUAUUUUCAUGAGAUGUAUGGCUUCACCAUUCAGCAUACACAUCUUCCUUGCCUUCAAGUGGGAAACCAGAAGAAGGCAAACUAUUUGCCUAUGGAGGCCUGCAAAAUCGUUGAGGGCCAACGUUAUACCAAAAGGUUGAAUGAAAAACAGAUUACAGCUCUUCUGAAAGUUACAUGCCAAAGACCCAGGGACCGGGAAAAUGACAUCUUGCAGACAGUUCAACAUAAUGCUUAUGAUCAAGACCCAUAUGCAAAGGAGUUUGGGAUAAAAAUCAGUGAAAAGCUAGCGUCUGUUGAGGCUCGGAUUCUUCCCGCUCCAUGGCUUAAAUAUCAUGAUACCGGGAAGGAAAAAGAUUGUUUGCCCCAAGUUGGUCAGUGGAAUAUGAUGAACAAGAAAAUGAUCAAUGGGAGUACUGUUAGCCGGUGGGCAUGUAUCAACUUCUCAAGGAGUGUUCAAGAAAGCGUAGCUCGUGGAUUUUGUAACGAGCUGGCUCAAAUGUGUCAAAUAUCUGGCAUGGAUUUCUACCCAGAACCUGUUAUUCCUAUAUACAUAGCAAAGCCUGAACAAGUAGAGAAAGCUUUGAAGCAUGUUUACCAUGCAUCCAUGAACAAACUCAAAGGAAAAGAGUUAGAGCUACUCCUGGCGAUUUUGCCCGACAAUAAUGGUUCUCUAUAUGGUGAUCUCAAGAGGAUAUGUGAAACGGAUCUUGGUUUAAUAUCACAGUGCUGUCUCACAAAGCAUGUCUUUAAGAUUAGCAAACAGUACCUGGCCAAUGUGGCCCUGAAAAUAAAUGUUAAGAUGGGAGGAAGAAACACUGUUCUUUUGGAUGCCAUCAGCUGGAGAAUACCAUUGGUCAGUGACAUACCAACCAUAAUAUUUGGAGCAGAUGUCACCCACCCAGAGAAUGGAGAAGAUUCCAGCCCUUCAAUUGCUGCUGUAGUAGCUUCUCAGGACUGGCCUGAAGUCACAAAAUAUGCAGGAUUGGUUUGUGCUCAAGCUCACAGACAGGAGCUCAUACAAGACUUGUACAAGACUUGGCAUGACCCUGUCCGUGGGACAGUUAGUGGUGGCAUGAUCCGGGAUCUAUUGGUUUCCUUUCGGAAGGCAACUGGACAAAAACCACUAAGGAUUAUAUUCUACAGGGAUGGUGUGAGUGAAGGGCAAUUCUAUCAAGUUCUACUAUAUGAGUUAGAUGCAAUCCGGAAGGCUUGUGCCUCUCUCGAACCAAACUACCAACCGCCAGUGACUUUCAUUGUGGUUCAAAAACGACAUCACACAAGACUAUUUGCUAAUAACCACAGGGACCGAAGCAGCACAGACAAGAGUGGGAACAUUUUACCUGGCACUGUAGUUGAUUCUAAAAUCUGUCAUCCAACAGAGUUUGAUUUUUAUCUCUGUAGCCAUGCUGGUAUUCAGGGAACAAGCAGGCCAGCUCAUUACCAUGUUCUAUGGGAUGAAAACAAUUUUACAGCAGAUGGGAUUCAGUCUUUGACUAAUAAUCUUUGUUACACAUAUGCAAGGUGUACUCGCUCUGUGUCUGUUGUUCCUCCAGCUUAUUAUGCACAUCUAGCGGCAUUUCGAGCUCGAUUCUACAUGGAGCCAGAGAUGCAGGAUAAUGGCUCAACAACUCGGGUAGCAGGGGAAUCAGGAGUCCGCGCAUUACCUGCACUCAAGGAGAAUGUGAAGAGAGUUAUGUUUUAUUGUUAAUAGAGAGGAAUGACGAGGACGACUCCGGUGGUAUUGAUGGUGAGACAUCAUGGUUUGCAGUUACCAUGUCCUGCUAAAUCAUCUCUGUAAUUCCCACCUUGUAUGUAUAAUGUUAAGAUAUAUGGUCAAUAGGUCCCCUUCAAUUUUAAGUAAGGCCCUGUGUUAUCAUGAUUCCAUCUCAAGGCAAUUACUGCAGAGGGAGCUUGAAGUGUAGAUUGAUGGGCCAAUGUGACUCUUUUAGUCUUGUAACUACCAUAAAAGGAAAAUUAAUCUGCAGGACUGUAACAAAACCAUAAAAGCUAAAUCAAGUUCCAUAAAUUUGCCGGGCCAGUCUA